AUGGCUUUUAGAAUACACAAAUAUAUGCACUUGUUGAAACAGAAUUUUAGAGCCAUUGAAUGGAAGAAUAUCACCUUACUAAUUCUUCUGCUUUUCCAUAUUAUCUUCACCAACGCAUACUAUGACAAUUGGAGUUCUUUAUCAAAAUUUUUCUUAAGGGGGGAUGUAUAUUCCUCUUAUUGCACCGCUGAUGAACAGAAAGGACUUCCAUUACCCGAUGGAAGAUGUGAUAAACAAAGACUUUAUGUAUCAAAACUACUUCCAAUUACUAGGUUCAUCCACUGUGCCUUUUCUUGUAUAGCAGGGUCUAUGCUUGAGAAAUUUGGACCAUUUAUUACAGCAUCUAUUGGGUUAACUGCUGCCAUUUUAUCGUGGAUUUUAAUAGGGUUAUGGGUCAACGUUCACUGGUGUAUUAUCGCAAGCUGUGUGUUUAGGGCAGUAUCGGUAGAUACAUCAGGAUUUCCUGUCUUAAUGAUUAGGCAAAAGUUUCCAAAUUGUAGGAAUAUGAUUAUGUCAAUUAUUGGAGCGUUUUCAUCACUGAGUUCAUCGGUACCCAUCAUAUUGAAUUUGAUAUUGGAUGACACCAGAGUUACAUUCACAGGCCUUUCACUAACCUAUGCCUUUCUAAUCUUAGGAAUUACAUGGAUUGCAGUAUCCAUUAUAUUUUUGCGGUUCCUAGACGGCAAAGAUUCGGAGAUUGCGGUUGUCGAUGCUGUGAGUAUAAGUAAUCGUAUUUCCUUGUGGGAUUGUUUGGUGUCAACUAAAUUUGUCUGCAUAGCCUCCUUCUUUUUCUGUGUUAAUAUAACUAUGACAUUUCAUCAAUACUUCAUCAAUUUCUCUUUUGAUAGCGAUUCACCGACCGUUAAAAUACUGGAAAUAUCUUUUGUGGCAUCAUUUUUACCUUGUAUAGCCCUUGGGGCGUAUGUAGAAAGGUACGGCAUCACAAUUAUAUUACUGAUACUCAACUCUGUUGGAUUGGUAGUACCUAUUCUAUCACUGUACCCAUGUAAUGCCACAGGGAUAGCAAUGUCCCUUUGUAUAAUGCUGAUAUACUCAUUAUACAUAACUUCCAUAUUUUGUUACGUACAGCUUGUGUUUCCAGCGUAUAACUUUGGAAUUAUUGUCGGUAUUAUAUCUACAGUUGGUGGCUGCGGAUCCAUUCUGUGUAUAUUCAUAAUUGAUUUGUGUCAGACCGAAGAUUACAUUUUUAAUGUAAACAUUACAAUGGUCUUCCUCAGAUUGUUCGCAUUUGUCCCUCUUAUCUACAUCCACAAGGCACGCUUUAGUGAAAAGAUAAAUAGCCAGACAACCGCUUAG